UGGUUCUAUCUUUUAUCUGUCAUCGAAGUGAACUUUAACCUAAAGGAAGAAUAUUAUUCAUAUUUUAAAAUCCUUCUAAUGUAGUGUGAUGAUUUUUUUCCGAUGUUCUUCGACUUGGAUUAUUUGAUGUGAAAUCAACAAGUGCGAGGGAAGCUAUAAAAGGGAAAUUGGCAACGAGGUGGUAUUGGGACCCACGAAGAUCCACGCUCAAAAUUGACUUUCUAACUUUUAAACGGCAAUAAAAUCCGUUCCUCAUUACAACAAGGGUGGGUUAGAAAAUUAGUGAGAGAAUUCGUACUUUUGUAUUAUCAGAUUUACCUAUUCAAUGGUGAUAAAAGUUUUAAGAGGCUAAAUUUAAUAGCCAGUAAGAACUACUAAUUUGUGAAAAGAACUGCCCGAAAGCACAUGUCAUCACUAUCGGACAACACUGGCCAAUAUCUCACUGAAGGGUGACCGAAAGAGAUAUAAAAAUCAGUCAUCAUGUUUAAUGAAGACUAUCCUAUCUGAUUAAAUUUGACUUUCAAUAGUGACAUUACUUUAGAAUUAGUCACAUGGAUGGUUGGUGUAUAUCCACAGUUGUGAUCCUGAGGUUCGCUUUUCUUUCUUUUUGAAGACUGUAAUCAUCUGAAUUUAAAAGAAUCCCAAGGAUUGGUGGCUGCUGUAAUAUGAAUGAUAAAACUAUUUUAACAACUAUAUUUUAAAGCCUAAUUUGUGGAUAAUUUGCCAGUUUGCCACAAAAAAGGCAUCCACGCGUGUAUGAAAAUCAUUGCAACAUUUCACUGCCUUUUCACUUUUUACGGAAAGCUAUUUAAUUUUCUUCGGAAAAUCUGUUCGGUUGAUGAAGUUCAAAAAACAAUUGACCUUUGACACCAGACCAAGAUUUUUGUACAAUUCUGGGUAUUUAUUGAGCGAUUUCACCGCCUGUGACCAAAUGAGACACUGAUGUCGAUUUCUUUCCCGUCAAGAAAUAUUUUUGGAGACAGGAGAUUAUAUCCACGCCUGAUUUCCUAUUGAAAUCAAUAUAGCAACAAUCAAAAUAAGAUUUUAAAGUUUUCCUGUGAUUUGUAUUUACAACACAUUCUGGAAGAAAAUUGUGCGUCAUCGUGUAUGUUACUCGAAUGUCGCAUCAUUUGACUUUUGGUGAUUCUCGAGGUUUCAAAUCUUUGUUAUUUCGAGAAAUUUAUUAGAAAGUUUUGACCAUUCAAUUGGAUACACCGAAUGAGGUAAGCGGCUGAUCACUUUGAUGUGGAUCUUCUGCAAACGUAAACAAGAGGACCCAUCACCCAAACUAAAAUUAGGAAGAAGAAAGAAAAAGAAAACACUUAAAUUUUUCAAAUUGCAUCAGCUGUUUGCUAUUGGAAAAUUCCUCUUUAAAGUUGAUACUAGGGGUGAAGAUGAAGCCAGAUUGACUCCAAAGUAGGAAGAAUGGUGAAACAAUUCAUUGGAAUGAAAGAAAACUGUUAUUUUGAUGCGAUUUCCACGUGACUAUGAUGAGGACCCUAAACUGUUUAUUGAUCAUAUUAGUUUUUCUUAUUUGGUAUGGAGAGGGAAAGAAGACCAAAUUAAAAGGAAUUCGAUGGUGGACACUUGCAAACAUUGGAAAACCAUCAAAUGACCUCAGAUCUAAUACACAGCUUUACAAUAGUCCAAGUCUUUUACCAUUGACGAAAAAACAAAGAAAACUUGUGACAAAAAACCCUGGAACAAUUUUAGCUUUAACUAAUGGAGCCAGAAUGGCAAUUGAAGAGUGCAAAUUUCAGUUUCGUAAUAGGCGAUGGAACUGUCCAACGCAGGACGUGGGCAAUGGUGGACCUAUAUUUGGAAAAAUUUUAGAGAAAGGAAACCGAGAGACAGCUUUCAUAUAUGCAAUUACUAGUGCAGCAGUUACCCAUUCUAUAGCCCGUGCAUGCGCAGAAGGGAGCAUAUAUACGUGUUCAUGUGACUAUAACCUCAAGCAACCAAGCGGAAAGGAUUGGGAAUGGGGAGGAUGUAGUGAUAAUGCCAAAUUUGGACAUCGAUUUUCUCGAAAGUUUGUGGACGUUUUAGAAAAAGGCAGAGACUUCCGAUACAUGAUGAAUUUACAUAACAACGAAGCAGGACGACUGCACGUGUCUAAGGAGAUGAGGAGGGAAUGUAAGUGUCAUGGUAUGUCUGGGAGUUGCACCAUUAAAACCUGUUGGAUGAGGCUUCCUUUCUUUAGAGACGUGGGAAACGGACUCAAAGACAGGUUUGACGGAGCCUCACAGGUUAUUUCAGGAAAUGAGGGAAGUCGCAAAUUAGGGAAUAGACCAAACAGUGGCAGAAAAAAGAAGAGGUAUAAAUCCUUCCAAUUUGCACCAGUUAAUCCUAACCAUAAAAAACCUGGAAGGCGAGAUCUUGUGUAUUUCGAGUCUUCUUCAUCAUAUUGUGAAAAAGACGCUUCUACGGAUUUUCCUGGAACAUAUGGUCGGGAGUGUAAUGCAACGUCGAUUGGAAUUGACGGGUGUGACCUUUUGUGUUGUGGAAGGGGAUAUGUUUCAAAAAUGUACACUGUUCGUGAACGUUGUAGUUGUAUAUUUCAAUGGUGUUGUGUCGUCAAGUGUGAAAUUUGCACUCGAAUGAGAGUACUUCACACUUGCAAAUAGUGUGACUUAAUCAUGUUACUUACCGUACUCAAACGAUAGUGUUUCAUAAACACUAUAUCAGUAUAGUGCUAUAGAGACAAUGCGACUUUCAAACUAAGAAUAUUCAUGAACUGUGCCUGUUAUUUCUGCACACAUCUAAUGAAUAUGAAAAUAGACAUUAAUACUUUAUUUUCAUGCAUCAUAUUUCCUCUAUUUAUGACGUCAUUAAAUGACCAUAUGGGUGCUAUUUUCAUGAAUUUUUAUAUUUUAGAGCAUACAUGGAUGUAUACUUUACAUGAACUGUAUAUGUAAGAAUUAGAAAAAUUUAAAUAACUAGAUCUAUUCUUUACUUUUUCAUACCUUUGAUUGCUUACCAUUUAGUGAACUAUAAAUUUCAAAAUACUGCAUGUCUUUUGGAAUAUGCUUUUUGUUGCCAGUAUUUUAUACGCUACCUGAAAACAUGUACAUGUAUCUAUUUCCAUACUUUACUAUAUCAUCAUCGUGAAUAUUAAUUUUAUAAUUUAAACAUUGUUCAAUAUUUUGAAACCGUAGAAUUUAUAAAACAGAAUAUCCCUACUUAGAGAUCAUGAAAAUGUCAUUUUGUAUAUAUGUCUAAAUUUGUUUAAAUAAACUUUGAUUUUUUCACA